UAAGUGUGACUGAAAUAUAUGUUAACAAGUACGUUUUUUUCCGUUUUUGUAGACUAAAAUGCCUCUGAAUGAAUUAGGCCGGAUGCAGACAAGAAGUUCAGCGAACAGAGAUUUGUAUGAAACUAUCAAUGCCUUGUUGUCUGGUUCCGAGAAAGCAGAUCUCUCAGCUUUAUUAGUAAAACAGGAUGAAGAUUCUACCGGAGACGCAGAGCAUCAGAGAAGAAUUUCUGAUAACACGGCUAUUAACUAUAUACAGGCCUUGCUAGGGAUACAUCCUGGAAAUGAAUCUACUCCUCUCAGUAGCGCCCUAAAGAACAAGUUCGCUGCGGUGAGCAGAAUCAACCGUCCCAGGAGUGUUAGUUUUAGCACCCCUGAAGUCAGGGAGGGGUUCCUCAGGGGCGCAGCAGCCCUUCAACAGGGGAUAUCUAACAUACCAGGGAGCCCAAUCAGAGGUCGUUCACACGCCAGUGAAUCAGGAAGUCCUACUUUAGAGCAGGCGCUGCUGAUGGGUCGUGACUCCCCUGAGAGUGAUGCUGGAUACGGUAGUUUCCUUUCUGGAACAGCCGAGUACAGUUCUUUGUCUGACCUUCGCCGGGCUGAAUGCGAGGAUUCUUUAUCCUCAGGUUCGAGGCUAGAGGAGAGAUCAUUCUCCCCUGGAGAGGCGAGGCCAACCUUGGCCAGCCUCGUUGAAGCUGAUCUUGCUGUUGCACAAGCUGUCCAGAACUUACAGGAUCUUAAAGAGAGACAGGUUGCUAUGUACCAAGAAGUAGGAGUAUCUACCCAAGCUUGUAAGGAACCAAAUCUUCUCGCUGCUCUACUAUCUUCAGCUACUCCUACUACUUCUAGACCACUAGGAAUACAGGGUGGUACUGAGGAUUUACAGCAGAGCCACAGGAACAGAUAUGUCGACAGCUCGUUCUUCGACAGGGAGGACAGGGAAACGAGCUUCGACACGAGGGAAUAUCAUGAAAGGACAAGGGACCCCCUGGCGCUUGAAAGAGCAGCUAAGCAGUAUAGAAGUGCUGCUUCUCAGCAUGAAGCUAACUGUACUUGGAGUGGCCAACUUCCACCAAAGCAAAUUGCAGGACGUCAACCAUCCUACUCCAGCAAGAUAUUCCUGGGAGGAGUUCCCUGGGAUAUAACGGAAACUACGCUCAUUCAGGCUUUCAUUGAGUUUGGUCCUGUCAGAGUUGAGUGGCCGGGACGAGAUGCAGCCUCUCCUCCCCGAGGUUAUCUCUAUAUUGUAUUCGAGGACGAGGACAGGGUCCAGGAACUCUUAGCUCACUGCACUCAUGAUUUUGCCAACGGUGGAAGCUUCUACUUCAAGAUAUCUUCCAAGAAACGAGGAUCCAAAGAAAUCCAGAUUAUCCCCUGGAAUGUUGCUGACUCCAACUAUGUGAGGUUUCCCUCCCCUCGCCUCGACCCUAAGAAGACGGUGUUCGUUGGAGCCCUGCACGGGAUGAUCAACGCCCAGAGCCUGGCUGUGAUCUUCAAUGAUCUGUUUGGUGGUGUAGUAUACGCUGGAUUAGAUACGGAUAAGCACAAGUACCCCAUAGGAUCGGGAAGGGUUACCUUCAACAACGCCAAGUCGUAUAUGAAGGCUGUUGCUGCUGCUUUCAUCGAGAUUAAGACGCCUAGGUUCUGCAAAAAGGUCCAAGUUGACCCAUAUCUAGAGGAUGCUCUGUGUUCUGUCUGCCACAUGAAGCAGGGUCCAUACUUCUGCAGGGACUUGAACUGCUUCAACUACUACUGCAGAACCUGCUGGGACAACCAGCACGCUCAUCAUACUCAGCACAAACCUCUGAUGCGUAAUAUCAGAGGACUCACCAGAGCAAGACUGCAGGAUAUACUCCCAGGAUCAAAUGAGUGUUACUCCAGUUACUCCAGCUACUAUCAGGGGCAACGAGAACCAAGAACCUCCAACUUCUGGACUUAUCAGAACCAGGUUCAGUGUCCCUUACAUAUCGAGAAGAGAUCUGACCUGGAGAACUGGCGAGCCCCAGCUGCGCUACUAAGAUCAGACCCAGAGUGGAGACCGGAACCAGAAAUAACCUGGAGGAAAACAGAUACCAAUACAGGGGUUAGUUGGCCUGGGCAGAGUGUAGACUACAGUGAUGAGUACUCGAAGAUUGCCGCGUCCUUUGCUGAGCAUGUUACUAUUUCAAAGGAGAGAAAACCUGGUCUCAAGCCGUUCUUUGACAAAGACCAGCGCAGUGUGUUCGAUAAUAGCCUCUCAACCCCGCGUAGUUUCUUUGACAAGGAUAUGCCCACUCCUCGAUCAGUAUUCGACAGAGACUCCUCCACCCCUCGCUCUGAUGUUCUGACCCCUCUGAGUGAUCGUGAAUACUUCACCCCUCGUAGCAGUGUUCUCAGGGGAGGGCUAGACAGGGAGACUUCAACGCCGCAGUUUGUUUAUGGAGUAGAUCAGCCAAGCUACAGUGAGCUUGAAGGAGAGAAGUCCAACUUCAAACCUCUGUUUGAUAAAGAUACUCCCAGCUUUGUUCCGUUCAUGUACAGGGAGGAGAAUACUGAUGCUACGGGUGGUCUGUGCCCCCUUCUGGAAAGGCGAGAUGAGGAAGCUAACUAG